AAUAAAGUUUCGGUGCAGCUACCUUCUUAUUACCCAGCGUCUCCUGUGGGUUCCUUUGUUACACUGUUCUCUAUCACACACAUCUUUGUUACUUGUCUCUAUAUAUCAUUUUAAAACUAAUAUCUUUUUUCAGACACACCAUCUUUGAAUCUUCUUCACUCAAAGCUUUGUCAUAUUCAACGAUUUUGUAAAAAGAAGACUUCUUUAAAAAAACUUUUACCUUAUUUAAUACUCGUCAACUACACACACACUAUACAUUAUUCAGCUUGUGUUGUGUAUAUAUUGUGCUCUCUCUCUUCAACUUGGUUGUUGUAUUAAAUCUCUCAUUCCUCCUUUAGUUUUCUCUAGACAAGAAGAUAGAGAUAAAGACUUGACCUUUUAAGUCUUUCUUGGUCUUAAUACUCUGCAAUUCUUGAGGGUAUUUUUGAGGAAACAACUUGAAGAGAGAUCGUGUCUUUAUAUUGUUGUUUAAUCAGGAGAGAUGGGUCUUUCUCUUUCUUUGCUCUUGUCUGCUUGGAAAGAAGUUGUGACGACCCAGUUCUUCAGUUUCAAGAACCCUGUCGAGAGUUUUCUUGAAACCAGAUCUUUUAGCUUAAAGCUUAAAGAAGGAGGCUUGACUUCAAGAACCAACAGUUUCAAGAGUGAGAAACCGCUGGAGAAGUCGCCGAAGACUGGUAUGGAGCGGUCUUUGAGCUUCAACAGCUGGGAGAUUGCGACAGAAGUGGAGACUGAACCAAUGAACAAGGCGGAUGAGGAGAUUGUCGAACCGACGAAGCCUGCUCGUAACAGUUUGAGUGGAAGGAACUGUGAGAGAAUCCAAAUAACAAAACCCACGAUUAUUCCCCCUACGCCUUUUGUGUUCUUCUCUCCGAGACCGGUCACUGAGCUUGAUGCAGCUGCAACUACGUUACAGAAGGUAUACAAGAGUUACAGAACAAGAAGGAACCUAGCGGAUUGCGCGGUUGUUGUUGAGGAGCUCUGGUGGAAGACUCUGGAUGCUGCAGCUUUAAAUUUGAGCUCAGUCGCCUUCUUUGAAGAAGAGAAACAUGAAACCGCGGUUUCGAAGUGGGCACGAGCUAGAACUCGAGCUGCUAAGGUUGGAAAAGGAUUGUCAAAAGAUGAAAAAGCUCAAAAGUUAGCUCUUCAGCAUUGGCUUGAAGCUAUUGACCCACGCCAUCGUUAUGGCCACAACUUGCACUUCUAUUAUGACGUCUGGUCAGCAAGCAUGAGCGCACAACCAUUCUUCUACUGGUUGGACAUUGGCGAUGGAAAAGAUGUGAAUCUUGAACACCACCCAAGAAGUGUUCUGCAAAAACAAUGCAUUAGUUAUCUUGGACCACUUGAGAGAGAAGCAUAUGAAGUGAUAGUAGAAGAUGGAAAACUAAUGAAUAAACAAAGCAUGACUCUGAUCAGUUCAACAGAGGAUUCCAAGUCGAUUUUUGUACUUAGCACUACUAGGACCUUAUACGUAGGGCAGAAGAAGAAAGGUCGUUUCCAACAUUCAAGUUUCUUGUCUGGAGGCGCCACAACUGCUGCAGGAAGAUUGGUCGCUCGCGAUGGGAUCCUCGAGGCUAUAUGGCCAUACAGUGGACACUACCUUCCAACAGAAGACAACUUCAAGGAAUUCAUAAGUUUCCUGGAAGAGAACAAUGUUGAUAUGACCAAUGUUAAGAGAUGCUCUGUGAAUGAGGAAUAUUCGUCAUUCAAUUCCAGUGGCUACGAAGAAGAAGCAACAAAAGAAGAGGAAGCAGAGAACAAACCAGCAGAAACCAUCAUUACAGAGGAACAAGAAGAAGAGAAAGAAAGAGAAAGACCAGUGUUCCAGCUUGCAAAGAGGCUGUCUUGCAAAUGGAACAGUGGAGUUGGUCCAAGAAUUGGGUGUGUUAGAGAUUAUCCAAUGGAGCUUCAGUCACAAGCGUUCGAACAAGUCAGUUUGUCUCCUCGGAUUUCGCCUGGUUCUACACGUUUUCCGUCACCAUACGGUCCAAUUCCUUCUCCAAGACCUAGUCCUAGAGUAAGAGUCUCUCCACGCUUAGCAUACAUGGGAAUCCCAAGCCCUAGAGUUCAAGUAAACUGUUAAACCUUUUGCUCUUAACUUAACUCACCAAGAAGUGAAAUGUUAUGACCUUUAAGCUAGUGAGGUGUGAGAAAAGGCUUCAUCAAUCUCUCAGCCUUUGUUCUUUGAUUCAAUGUGUUUUUUUGUAAGUCCCUUUUGGUCUUUUUGUUCCUUUUUUUCUUGGGUGCAUUGUAACUUCUGGUUUAGGUGAAUCCCAAGGCUGUGUAAAUUCAUUAGGUAAGAAUAAACAACUUUUUUUGUU